GUAGCACCGCCAUUCCUCAUUCCUCACCCCACAUCCCAUUCCGCCCCAAUUACAGCAUCACAUAUUUCAAAAUGCCGUUGAUAUCAGCAAACAACAUGAUACGCGGCAUAUCGCUGUUCCACCUCACCCUCGCAGUUACCCUGCUAAGGAAUCCCGCCUUGAUAGCGAAGCAAGGCAUCGUUCUUGUCCUUGAGCAAUCAAUGCAACUCCCCACACCGCGCGAAUUCAGCAAGCCCUCUCCAGCAAUCGCCUUUCUGGCCGUCCUCUUUGCCUUUCUCGGCAUCAGCGAUCUGACGUCUCUCUCACUUCACGAACAAAUUUCAGACGAGUACUGGGGUCUUCAGGCGCCCGUGCGUCUAUUCUUUCUCUUCGCCGUCACCGGCUACUCGUACGCGUUCAAGGAAGGCGGUCUACUUGGGGCAAAGGGCGCCGACUACAGAGCAAGCGUUGGUGCGGGCUUGAACAACAGUAUCCUCUUUACCUGGGGCUUCUUGGAGAUUGGGAUAUGGUUUUGGGUGUACACUGCGUUGAGGGAAGAGAGGGUGGCCAAGGCAAAGAUUGUUGCUGAAAAGCAGGCCAGGGAGAACAAGCAGCUUUAGGUGACUGGCCGCGUUAUGGAGUCGGAACUUGCAUCCGAAAUUAUUCGGGGGCAGACGCCGUAUUCCCAUGCGUACAAGGGCUAGGGGAAUUCGAUUGCAGUGAAUGCUAGGUUGGUGGGAGCAACUUGGUCUUGUUUGGACCAAGCGCAUGGCUUCCUUAUAGAUUACGGGACGACGAACACGGCCGAUCUUUUUUUUUGAUAUGAUUACAGCGCGUUCACUUACAAAAAUUAGACUAGAUAGACGGCGCAUGGGGUUUGAAUCGAGUAAUUUGGGACAAUGCUUGUUACUUGAUG